AGGCUAACAUGUUGUGGUUGGUCUGUGGGAGGACAGGAGGAGGAUAUAUGAAGCUCUGAGGUGAACAGACGCUUCACUGACCAUGAGGACGCAACGGAAACGACAAGUGUGCAUCCUUCUGCCAAACAAGCAGCACCUGGACUGUACUAUUGGAGUGACAGCCAGAGGCCAUGAAGUGUUGAAAUGUGUACUGAAGCAGCUCAGCGUUGGUGAGCUCCAGGUGUUAGGUCUGGCUGUUCUCAGAGAUAAUGAAAACCUGUUUAUUGAUUUGGGGCAAAAGCUGAGCAAGUACUUUGGUAAAACAUGGAACCGAGGGUCUUUGAGGGUCCCGUUCGUCUUGUUUCUGAGAGUGCAGUAUUACGUGGAGAAUGGACUGCUCAUAUUCAGCAGCAAAGUACAGCAGCUCUACUAUGCUGAGCUGAGGCAGAAGGUGUUGCACUCACAGAGUCACCAUCAGGAAGCUCUGUUCUUCCAGCUUGCAGCUUCCGUGCUCCAAGCUGAGGUCGGAGACCUGGAGCAGAGAGAGGCCAAAGAUGAAGGGGAUAGAGAGGAAAACAGACAACAGAGAAAAUCUUACUUUCUACCUGAAGAUUACUUCCCCUCCUGGCUGAUAAAGCGUCGUGGACGAGACUUCCUGCUGCAGCAUGGCCCUGUGUUACACGAGGAACUGAGAGGUUUGUCACGUCGCAAAGCCAUCCUGCAGUUUAUACAAGAGGCGAAAGGUCUGCAGGACGGGGCUGUCACCUUCUACAGGAUGAGACGGGAGAAAAAAGAGCUGAGAAGUUCAAUCCUUCUUGGAGUGGCAUUGAGAGGAGUCCAAAUUUAUAAGGAGGUGGAAGGGAAGCAGUGUUUACUGUAUGAUUUGUUCUGGACUGACAUCGACCGCUUCACCUUCCAGGGCUGCAGGUUUGAAAUCUCUGCAGUGGGCUCUCUGUGUCUCCCAAAGCUGCUGUACUACACCCCUUCUGCCUUCCACUCCAAACACAUCCUGAAGCACCUCAGUGACAGUCACAGUUUCCACAUCAGCACCAGAGACUCACUCAGCUACAUCCAACAUCUGGAAAACAAGCAGGCUAGUCAGUACUACAAAGAGGCCUACAUCUGUGAUACGACACGCCUAAAACAGCGACUCCAAUGCAACAACAGCAUCACAUCCUCUGUGUCUAACUGCAGCUUUGCAGUUGUAGAAGCUGCAGUCAUGUCUAGAGAAGAAGUAGAAGAAGAAGAAGAAGAAGAAGAGGAGGAGGAGGAGGAGGAGGAGGAUGUGUCCUGCAUAGAGUUCGAGAUGUGUGUGGACGACCCUGAGGAGUUACUCGUCGAUGACCCCGCUGAGUUGUCUUGGCUGGCGGAGCUGCUUCCUGGUGUUUCCAUAGAUGCACCUUUAUCACUCCCGUCUCCUCACUGGGCAGUCGUAACCAUGGAAAUGAAACAGGUUCUGAGGAGGAGAGCUAAUGAAGGCGUUUCUGUGGACUAAUGUUCAGCCAGAGGCAAAAAGAGGGGCUCAUUAUGUUCUGCAGAUCAGGACAGAUGUAACUACUGUGAUGAUCACAUCACUUUUAAAUAGAGUGAUCAUAGACCUAAUAAAUUAUGCACCUAUAUAAAAUAAAUUAUGCAAAUAAUCACUGUAUGUUCCUGGUCCAAUGCAAGCUCAAACAAAUCCCUUGAACAUUCAAUAAAUAAAUAAAUCUGUCAUACAAGCAGUCGAAGCAGAUGGCUGUCUAA